GUGUAGAACAAGUUAGGUUGGUCAGCGUUUGUGUUGGAUACAAUCGAAUAGGAAAGAGAAGAAGCUAUCAGAGCAAGGAGGGGAGAGAGAAAUGGCGUCGAACGCUGCGAUGCCGUUUUGGAGGGCGGCGGGAAUGACUUACAUAACGUACUCCAACAUCUGCGCCAACAUGGUGAGGAACUGCCUCAAAGAGCCCCACAGAUCCGAAGCCCUAAAUCGCGAGCAGGUCCAUUUUGUAGUCUCCAAAUGGGCCAAUGGCAAACCCCAGAAAGCCACCAUUCGUUCGGAUACCGGGGAAGAAUGAUGUGGGGAGUUUGAUCGCAAGUCUCUUGCUGGGAAAGCCAUUGAAACCUGUAGUUCGCUUUCAUAAGUUUAUUCUAUAUGAAUACACCGGCUUUGUAAUGCAUAAUCAUCAGUGCAGACAAUGCAUGCAUACUGGUUUUGCCUUGAAUUUUAACUUGCAAUAAUGGAGGUGCUUUUUUGCUCAAAACUUAUGCCUGCUACUGUUGUUGGUUCUAAAUGGAAUUCCAAUCAUCUUUUUAGAUGAUUGCUUCUUGCUUUAA